CAGAGAUAGGCAUUGCUUUUGAUAUCACGCAGUUAUUCAAAAGGAGUCUUCUCGGAAGUUGUAAGCAGGGUAUUCUUGUUAACAUUAUUUUUUAACAUCUUUAAUAUUAUUAUUGUUACCAUUGACAUUUCGCAUUUCUAGUUUCGACGUGUCAACAUUUCAUUAUUACCACGAGUAUUGCUAUUGGGGUGUAUGUCGCACGUUGACUCCUCCAAACGAGUAAGUGGAAAAGCGAGUGCUCUUCAGCACACCCUCUCCUCUCAGUGUGGAUCCGCCGUGAGCACCAUUAUCUUGUAUCCGAUUGAUGUUAUUCGCAUUCGGUAUAUGUCGCAAGAUGGAACCUUUUACCGACAACACAACGGGCAAACCUACCACUCCAUCAAAAGCGCCUGCAAAGCGAUUUAUGAGCAAGAGGGCCUCGGGGCGUUCUUCCGUGGCUGCCAUGUGGCCAUCAUAGGCUCGGUAUGCGCAUGGGGCAUCUACAUGUAUCUUUACCGUCUGAUGUUAGCGGGGUAUACCAACCAGAUCGCGCCGCUUUUCGGCAAGCAAGAGAGUCAAACCGCUCCAAGAAAUUGGAUGCAGGUAUACGGGGCCCUCGACACCUUCGUGCAACGCUCCGGAAUUUCAAUUCUCGCCAGCUGCGCCUGCGCCGUGAUGUGCAAUCCGAUAUGGCUGGUGAAAACGCGCAUGCAGCUUGAGGAGUGCGCGUUUCGCGCUGCGAGAGGGGAUGCGUUGAAGGUGCCGCGAUAUUACCGAACGUUUUGCGAAAGCAUACACCACACGGUGCGAACCACAGGGUUUCUCUCUCUCUGGCGAGGAGUUUCGGCGCAGGUGCUUUUGGGCGUUCCAAAUGCUUUUAACCUGCCUUUGUACGAAACGAUAAAGCUCUAUCUAACAAGUGGUUCGCGUGAGGAACAACUUACUCUUGGGCAGGUCUUUGUCUGCUCCACUGCCACUAAGCUGAUCCUUUCUAUCUUCACCCAUCCCAUAGCUGUUUUGAAGACGCGAAUGCAAGACUACCGCGCGCUUGUUGGAGACAUUCAGUACGAACAUUUUUUCCAAUCCUUGAACGUUGUGUGGCGGCGAGGGGGUGUAUGGGAUUUCUACCGUGGUAUGGUACCUUCAUUGAUCCAUUCCACACCGAGAUCUGUCCUUUUGUUUAUUUUUUAUGAACAAUUUUUAAAAAUCUUCUCUAAAGUAAUCGAUUAA